AUGUCGAAGCUAUCUCCUGCCCUCAAAGCUCUUAUCAACUCUCCGUAUGCGCGCCCCGGCACGAUUCCGGCUCCAGCACAGAUAAGCGCCGUAUAUGCAGGUAUAGCGAAAGAAGCAGAGCCACGGAAUGUCGGGCUAAGGGCGUGGUUUGCCGCUGCUACCGCGGCUACAAUGACCAUGAAUUCACCCGAAUCAUUGCUGCAAUUGCACCAACUUGUUUCACACGAAAAGUCUGUAGAUGAGACUGUCUAUCUGGCUGAGUUGGUAAGAGAAAUCGGCCUGAAGUGUAUCGGAUUUAAUGGUGUAGGUGAAUUUCGCGCUGGCCUACCGACCUCCAUCCAAGACGCGCUGGCCACCCAGCCACGCCGCAAUCUCAGGCCUGAAGUAGUGCCAGAUAUCCUGAACAGAGGCCAAUCGCUCUGGAAAUCCAUCUACUACCCCUUCGAGUACAAACUACAGCAGAAGCUCGCGCUGUCACAUCCGGAUUUACCGGUUCACAUCAUCGAGAGCGAGUAUGGGAAUUUAUUUGCUGAUCCCGCGUCUACGCAAGGAGCACCAGUCGUAUCAGCUACAGUCGGUCGAGUUCUGACGUCUAUCAUUGCUGUGGCGUGUCUCCGUGCUCAAACGGGUGUUGGUCCGCAGGUGAUAUCGCAUGUAUUUGGGUUAAGAAAAGCGUUUCAAGACGGUAGUGCCACAGCCGGGAAGGGAGAAGAGGUUGAAGGUGGCCAGUGGCUGGCGUCUGAUGAAGGUAGUAUAUGGCUCAUUGAAAUUGUGGAUCGCAUUGUUGAGAGUAUUGGGCGUGGCGAGGGCACCAGUUUUGCGCCGGGGUUGGCAAAUAAGGGGAAAUUAUAA